CGUGCUUUCCGUAGCCUCCAACAAUCAGCGUCUUCCUGGAAAAACACACGUGGAUUUCCACUCACUCGAGCCAAGCGAGAGAAGCGGGCGAGCCCCAAUAACAACCUCAUCAUCGUCAUGGCAAGUCAUGGGCUCGCCUACGACGGCUGCAACUUCUUCAGACAGCGCCUCGUUUUAGCCACGCUGAGCGGGAAGAGGGUAAAAAUUCGGAAUGUGAGGUCCAAAGACGACAACCCCGGGCUACGAGAUUUUGAAGCCAGCUUCAUCAGACUACUGGAUAAAGUGACCAAUGGCUCCAAAAUAGAAAUAAAUCAAACAGGCACUGUGUUAUUCUACCAGCCCGGUUUACUUUAUGGGGGGGCUGUAGAACAUGACUGUAGUCUGCAGCGCUCCAUCGGUUACUACCUGGAAGCCUUGCUCAUGCUGGCUCCAUUCAUGAAGACCCCACUGAAAGCCAUCCUGCGAGGCGUCACCAAUGACCCCACAGACCCAACAGUUGAUCUGCUGAAGGCCACAGCUAUUCCUUUAAUGAAGAAGUUUGGCAUUGAGGGUGAAGGCCUUGAUCUUAAGGUGAUGAAGAGGGGAAUGGCACCUAAUGGAGGCGGUGAGGUUGUCUUCACAUGUCCUGUCUGCAAGACAAUUAGGCCUGUGCAGCUUACAGAUUCCGGAAAGAUUAAGAGAAUCCGAGGAGUAGCAUAUUCAGUGAGAGUUUCCCCUCAAAUGGGCAACCGGAUUGUGGAGUCGGCACGUGGCGUCCUAAACCAGUUCAUUCCAGACAUCUACAUCCACACAGACCACAUGAAGGGUGCCAACUCUGGCAAGUCACCGGGUUUUGGUCUGAUGCUGGUGGCAGAGACUAUCGAAGGCUGUUUCCUCAGUGCGGAAAUGUCAUCCACGCCCCAGGGACAGGGAGACCCCAUUUUACCUGAGGACCUGGGCCGCAACUGUGCCAAGCUGCUGCUGGAGGAAGUGUAUCGGGGCGGCUGCGUGGAUUCGUCCAAUCAGAGCCUGGCGCUGCUCUUGAUGACCCUUGGCCAACAGGACGUGUCGAAGCUUUUACUCGGACCGCUCUCGCCGUACACGUGUGGAUGAGACCCGUUUGUGUGUCCUGUGAUUUAUUGGUAACCGGUCCAAGGUGAAGUCCAUAUCUUGCCAGUCUGCUGCGAUAGACUCUAGGUCGUCCGCAACCCUAAUGAGGAGGAGUACUAUAGAAAAUUAAUUCACAAAUUAUUGAGGCCCUUUUGAACAAAUGUGGUUUUGAACUCAGGUGAUGUUAAACGUGCCAUAUUUUAUCAAAGCAACUUCUAGUACUGUAAUUUCAUCUGUAUGUGUUCUGCAAAUUCCCACCCCACCAAAAGUCUCUAAAAUCAAUAGUGCCCAUUAUACAUAGGUAGAGGGGGAAGAUGGUUGUUCAUUUUAUAAAUGUAUGCUGCCAUAUGGAGGUUAUGAAAAAGCUGUACACUUUCUUUGCAAUGUGCCACUGCCACCUAGAGGUAAUGAGAAUAUUCUAAUAUGACAGCGAUGUAUGAUUGCAUUUAUGCACAGUUGUGCUCAGCGGUUUAUGUAUCCUCUUUUUUUUUUUUUUUUUAAUUCUGGUGGUGGAGCAACAAUUGUCAUUCAUUUUUGUUUAAUGAUAAUGCUUUUCUGAAAGACAUGUUUAUCUUGAAACCCUUUAAAAUAAAAUUUUCACCUGGCCCUUCAUGGUUUGUUUCAAAAAUUGGACCCAUCUAACAAAUUCUGCCUGUGUAAUCAAACAUGACCACGACUGUAUUUAGUCAUUAAAUAAAAGUAGGGCUGUGAAUUUCCAAAUAAGAACAAGCAAGUAAAAAGUACAAUUGAGGAGUGCUUAUCUUCAUUUUUUUGAAAAACUUAAAUGCUUAGUUUACCAUAUUGAUAGAGGCAAAAUCAUGUAUUGUAAAAAUGCAUCCUCCAUAUCUAGAAGGGGUUUCCAGAAUUUUGAUGUCAUCGUUUGGGGUCUUUAUUAUACGAAAGAAAUAAUGGUGUUUAUGAUGUUAUAUUGGACCUAUGGUGUGGUAUUAAAUGUAAAUUAUAAAUGAAAAGCAUCCAGACAUUUCUCUGCUGAGAGGCCUGAUAGCAGGUCAUUUGAAUUUCUCAGGCUGAUCUACGUCACUAGUGAAGAUCUUUUGCCUACCUCGCUGCUUCAAAACCAGUGCUGUCAACAAAACAUGUGCACUCUUACAAGUGGGUCUUCCACCCUGAAGAAAGGCACAUAGUCCAUAGACCCAUAUGGACAAAGAAAAUACAAAACAAGGUUGAACAAAAGGAGUGGUUUAUGCUAAGUGUAUGUUUGGAUACAAAAUUGAGUCCAACAGAAGUAGCUGUUGAUACUAAGUACAUGGAGACCAUCAUAGCCAAAAUACAGGACCUUUUAAAAUGUCAUCCUAAACCUGCAAGAUACCCGAUCAGGAAAUAUGGCAUUUUAUUAUUUUGUCAUCCAUGAUAUUUGGAAUCCUUGCGUGGAACACAUUUAUUUCGUACCUACUCAAUCUCUCUUCUCUCUUUACAGGAUUGAGUUCCUCAGACACGUUAGAGAUUUUUUCCAGAUCAUGUUCAAAAUAGAAGUUCGCAAGCCUUUGGAGGAUGAACGGAAAGGGGGGGAUAAAAUCCUCAUGACGUGUGUCGGAGCUGGUUACAGCAACUUGAG